AUGCUUAACCUCGCCAACCACGAGCUCAUUCUAGGCCUAAAGUGGUUUGAAUACUUCAACAUCAGCAUCAGCCCACGAACAAGAACGCUUAUCUGGCCCCUGGAUUACGACCCCGCACCUUCGUACGAACGCUUAGUUCGUUGGAAACGUUCUGAUUUGUACCCAAAAAGAAUCGACAAGGCAGACCAGCUCAACGCAGACAAAAGAGACGCAGCGCAGGACGCGAAUUUCAAACGCCGAGAAGACGGAAAGCUUUCAACUCUACGAAGACCACCCCCUAUACAUGUAGAAGGGGCGGAAAUUUCAAUUGUUACAGUUGAGCCAGCUCACCACAAAGAACUAGCUCGCCAGAAGAGCCUUCCAAGAAAGUUUUCCACUGAACUGAAAGAAAACCUCAAGAAAAUGCAGGACGAGCUUGACAACAAGUCAAAGUCAAAACCCCUCCAGCCAAGACAACCAAAGCCUCUUUGGACGCCUUCAAAAGAGCCGUCAAAGCGCCUCGUCGACAUCCAAAUGAUUUCUGCAAAUAGCUUUUAUUGGAACUGCAAUCAUAGAGAAAACACUCUCUUCUCUAUUACACUUGCUGAGCUAGACAAGCAAAUUGACAUUCUUCAGCAACGCCAAGACAGCUCUGAUAAAUCCGAAGAAUCAACCCACGAAGCACUUUUACGAGUUUUACCCCCUGAGUGGCAUGACAGGAUAAAAGCCUUCUCAAGAGGCGAAUCAGACACGCUAGCUGACUUCAAGCCUUCAGAUCACAACAUUGAACUUGAAGAAGGCCAUUCAGUGAAUGAACUACGCCAGAGCCCACUGUGCAAGCAGUCAUUGGCAGAACUUGAAGCUAUUCGAGAGUACCUUCGCGAAAACCUCGCUAAAGGCUUUAUUGCCCCAAGCAACGCUCCCUACGCUUCACCAGUGCUUUUUGUAACCAAGCCUAACGGAGAACUUAGAUUCUGCAUUGAUUACCGGAAAUUGAACGCUAUUACAAAANAGGCUUUAUUGCCCCAAGCAACGCUCCCUACGCUUCACCAGUGCUUUUUGUAACCAAGCCUAACGGAGAACUUAGAUUCUGCAUUGAUUGGCGGAAAUUGAACGCUAUUACAAAAAAGGACCGCUACCCACUUCCCUUGAUUGAGGAGACUCUUGCACGUCUUGCCAAAGCAAAAAUCUUUACCAAAUUGGACAUCCGCCAAGCUUUCCACCGAAUUCGAGUAGCAGCAACAUCAGAGGAUCUUACUACAUUCCGUCCACGCUAUGGUGCUUUCAAAUGCAAGGUCCUUCCCUUUGGACUCGCAAAUGGGCCAGCAACUUUUCAGCGCUAUAUGAAUAGUGCCCUGGCCGAAUACUUGGACAUCUUUUGUACAGCCUAUUUGGAUGACAUUCUGAUUUACUCUGAGGACCCCCUUGAGCACGAAGAGCAUGUCAGAAAAGUCCUCAAAAAGCUUGAAGAGCAUGGACUUCACGCUGAUAUCAAGAAGUGCGAAUUCAAAGUAAAGAAGACAAAGUUUCUUGGAUUUAUUAUUGGAACUGAUGGAAUUCAAGUCGACCCUGCCAAAAUCAACACCAUUACUCAGUGGCAGCGGCCAAAGACGGUCAAAGCAGUUCAGUNGACAAAGUUUCUUGGAUUUAUUAUUGGAACUGAUGGAAUUCAAGUCGACCCUGCCAAAAUCAACACCAUUACUCAGUGGCAGCGGCCAAAGACGGUCAAAGCAGUUGAGUCUUUUCUUGGAUUUUGCAACUUCUACCGGAGAUUCAUACGAAACUACAGUGUAA